UUGCUCAUUCUAUGCUUAGAUCUUCGCUGUUAGUCAUCUAUAACCCACUAUAGAAAAGUGACAUUUGUAUACAACCCCUAGUAUCGUCACGCGUAAGAUUUUUUUUGCCUGCAUCAGUCAUUAGGACAAAUGCGCUAAGUGACCCACAUUUCAAAUCUGUGCUAAGUGAUGAUAACAAUAUAAAUGUACAAUUUCGAAAUUAACACCAGCGAAAGUGUGAUUACUUAGUUUAUUGACGAGUGAUUAGUGAUUAUUAUCGAACUGGGAACAUCAUGAUCAUCAGCAUUACAACAUUUUCUCAUAGUGACAAUAAUGGAAAUGUGCUAUAAGGGACCUACGCCAGUCACAUUCGGGAAAUAAGCGCUUUAAGAUGAACCAAACUUGUAAAGUUUGCGGCGAACCGGCGGCGGGCUUUCAUUUCGGCGCGUUUACUUGCGAAGGCUGUAAGUCGUUCUUUGGAAGAUCCUACAACAACCUGAGCUCCAUUUCCGAAUGUAAAAAUAACGGAGAAUGUGUGAUAAACAAGAAAAACAGGACGGCGUGUAAAGCGUGUCGGCUGCGAAAGUGUCUCUUGGUGGGAAUGUCGAAGAGCGGCUCGCGUUAUGGACGUCGCUCCAAUUGGUUCAAAAUCCACUGCUUACUACAGGAACAGCAACAACAGCAACAACAGCAGCACCAUCACCACCAGCAGUCACCGAGCGGAGGUCUACCCGGAAUGAAACCACCCAUAAAGUCUCCCCACGGUCACCAAAACAUCAGCAUGGGCAUAUUGGGCUCGCAACCGUUCCCACCUCCGCUUUUACACCUACCGCGCACAAAAGAAGAACUAAUGCUCCUAGGCUUCGACGAUUACAAGCACGCCGCGUCCCCGUCGGUGAGUUCGCCCGAAUCGCACAACUCGGACUCCUCAGUGGAAUUAAGUGACGCUAGACGGACUUUACCCCUAUUCCCCGGAUUACUACCUCCAACCUUCCUACCACCGCCCGGCCUACUAUUCCCGCCGGGCUACCCGCCGUUCUACGCGGGCCUCCUACAACCCGCCAACAACAACAACCGGCUGAUGCGCAAUCACAACCCCGGCGUCGAGGCGUUCAACAAGAGGGUCUUCCUCGACGCCGUCCUGCAAUCGCAAAGGUCACCGACGCCCGAAGAACGCGAGCCUGUCCGACCGACCGCGUCUCCCAUACAAGAGGAUCCCAUAGACUUAAGUAUGAAACCUUCGAGCGACAGGGGCUCGUCGCCGAGCCCGAGCGACAGGUCCGGCUCCGAAAGGACCGAGAGGGGCGCAGGAAGCGAGGCGGACGAGGAGAGCGAUUGCGAUUCCGAAACCGAAAUGCGACGGAUAAAGAUUCUGCGACCGACACCUCUCGAUCUAACAACUAAGGUGUGAUGUAUUAGUCAACUUAAUGAUCUCGCCAAUGUGUUCCAUUAGAGUAUCUUGCACGACGAGCACAAUUAUACUUCCUUAAAGGUUUAGAUAAUGCGAGGAUCGAAGUUAAUUGUUCCCCAUUGUUCGAAAAUUGAAGCGGUAGACAAUAAUAUGUUUCUACGCCCAUCUAGAUCGAUUUAUCGUGGGAAACUUCGCUACAUGCAUUGAAAGUAUUGAAUUUCAUGACCGAGCAGAUAUUAAUUUGCGCUAAUAUGCCGGAAGAGUAAGGGCAGAAAUUAAUUAAACUCUCGUGCUCGGGGCGUUAUUUACACGUUGCUAUAAAGAAAGCAAUAGGGACCUACAUCUAUGUUCCCAGUUACCAUGUACUUUUAUGAUGUAGGGCCAAAACACCACGGGUGCUCUUAAAGUUGUAUCAACGAAAAUUGUGCGUAUUUAUAGUGUGUUAGUGAACAUUAUUAUUAAUUGUGAAUUAUAAAGGCCAGUAUCUUGUAACUAGUGUGCUUCCUUUUCCAAUUGCCCACGGCGCUACUGAAUAUUAUCUAAUUUUGAGCAGUUCUAGUCUAACCGAAAAAUUUCAAACAUUCUCCCCAUAACUUGGAGUAGUGUGCGGGCAAACCACCUUUUGUAUUAUUUUAAGUAGUGCAAUGUUAAAUAUUUUUUUUUAAUUAUUGCCAUCUCAGUUAUCAAAAACCGAGGUCAGUACAAUUCCACUGUGUUGCAUUGAUGAGUUGUGACGCAUUUAAUCGAUGCAGCGGCUCCUAAUUAUUGUAUGUAGUUAUAUAAAUUAUUCGAGGGCAUUUUAUAUUAUUUGUAAAUAUUUUAUUGUUUUCUUUUUUUUGUUAAUUGCAGUCAUUGUAUUUGAAUGUACAGGGAAAAAUGUUUUUAACGUCCAUCAGGGACUUAGGCCAGUUGAAUGUGAAUACGAUCUGCACGUGCUUCGUGCACAUCGAAUAAGAAGUGUUGGAAAAUAAAUUGAAAAAUUCUU